CAAAAUUCGGCAAACUUCAAGUCAUUCAACGAAAAUAAUUGUCAUUCUUGUGUUGGUUAAACAUAAAAAAUGUCUUUAAGUAUGGAAGGUAUUCGUCCUCACUACCCUGAUUACUCGAAUGCGCCCAUGCAGCGCCAUUUCAGCCCCUACGCCGACAACGGAGGGAGCGUUGUUGCCAUAGCCGGAGAUGACUUUGUAGUUAUCGGAGCCGAUACCCGUUUGAGUGCUGGCUUCUCAAUUUACACCAGAGAUCAAAACAAGUUGUUUCCCCUGUCGAAAACCACUGUUUUGGGUUGCGCCGGUUGUUGGUGCGACACCUUAACCUUAACUCGCAUUCUGACCUCUCGCAUGCAGAUGUACCAACAGGAGCACAACAAAACCAUGUCCACGGUGGCUUGCGCUCAAAUGUUGUCCACCAUGUUGUACUACAAGAGGUUUUUCCCGUACUACAUUUCCAACGUCUUGGUCGGGUUGGAUAACGAGGGAAAAGGCUGCGUUUACAGCUACGAUCCCAUUGGACAUUGCGAGAAGGCCACCUACAAAGCUGGGGGUUCCGCAGGGGCUCUGUUGCAGCCCCUUUUGGAUAACCAGAUUGGUUUGAAGAAUAUGGAGAUAAUUGGGGAUUCAAAGCUGACGAUUGAGAAAGCUACCAAUAUCAUUAAGGAUGUUUUUAUUUCUGCAGCCGAGAGGGACAUUUACACUGGGGAUAGUGUUAUUAUUAACAUAAUUACCAAGGAGGGAAUUAAGGAUGAUAAGUUUGAGUUGAGGAAGGAUUAGUUUUAAUAUUUUUCUAAUA